GUCCCGCCUUCUCGUCCCUUCCUUCCCGGGCUGGCGGCGGCUGCGGGUGGAGGACCUGCAGAGCAGCGGUCGCCCACACCUCGCUCCCUCCUGGCCGGCGGAUCCUUUUGUCUCUCCGAGCCGCGAAGGUCGCUGGGCUCGCGCGUCGGCUGCGGGCGCACGGACGACCGCGCUCCCGGUCACCUCCUCAGCCUCGACCACCGCCGAACUUGGGCUCAAGAAGCCGGAGGACCACGUCCAAAGCCCGAGCCGGGGCAUGGUCUAGCAGCCCCCCGGUCAAGCCUGCGCAUCAGCCCCGAGAAGCUCUGACCCCUGCUCUGUCUUGGCCUCCAGUCGGCCUUAGGCGUAGUCUCCACCUCCCUCCGCCAUGGGCAAGCAGAACAGCAAGCUCCGACCCGAGGUGCUGCAGGACCUGCGGGAGCACACGGAGUUCACCGACCAUGAGCUGCAGGAGUGGUACAAGGGCUUCCUCAAGGACUGUCCCACUGGCCACCUGACCGUGGACGAGUUCAAGAAGAUCUACGCCAACUUCUUCCCCUACGGCGAUGCCUCCAAGUUCGCCGAGCACGUCUUCCGCACCUUCGAUACCAACAGCGACGGCACCAUCGACUUCCGGGAGUUCAUCAUCGCCCUGAGCGUGACUUCCCGGGGCAAGCUGGAACAGAAGCUCAAGUGGGCCUUCAGCAUGUACGACCUGGACGGCAACGGCUACAUCAGCCGCAGUGAAAUGCUGGAGAUUGUGCAGGCCAUCUACAAGAUGGUGUCCUCCGUGAUGAAAAUGCCUGAAGAUGAGUCCACGCCCGAGAAGCGAACAGACAAGAUCUUCAGGCAGAUGGACACAAAUAAUGACGGCAAACUGUCCCUGGAAGAAUUCAUCAAAGGUGCCAAGAGUGACCCGUCCAUCGUCCGGCUGCUGCAGUGUGACCCCAGCAGCGCUAGCCAGUUCUGAGGGGAAUGGGCUUUUGGACAGUUGUGAAGAAACACAGGCUUUGUCCUGCCGUCUUCAGCUUUGCUUGCAAAAGUGGAUUCCUCCGUGAUCUCUCCUGCUCUCCCGGGACCUGGGUCCAAGCAGCACAUCACACCCGCCUGGCCUGGCUGGCUGCAGCUCCCUCCUCUACCUGAUCAGUUCGCUGCCCCUCCCCUCCAGUCCAGGUCGGUUCCUUCCAAGGGUUCAAGUGUUCUUGGCUGUAGGGCUCCUCCUCCCUGCCCACAGAAGGCCCCGGGGGGCCGUUCGAGGAUACCAGACAGGACUUUUCAGUAUCUUAACCGAGAGCAGCUAAUUUAUUCUGUGAUCCCAGGUGACUCUGUGGGCUGGGUGGGGACGAAGAAGAUGAAGAGUAGGCAGGCAAGCCCUUCUUGUGCAUGGCUCCACCUCCCUCGUCCAUUUUCUCUGACCAAAGCCGCUCGCACCUAUAUAUACCACGGUUUCCUUCCUUUUAAUGUAUGAGUUAUGUGUACGGUGAAGUGGACUCUAACAUUUAGGCCCUGUGUUUAAUGCCUCCGACUGCCUUUUGAAGCAUGGUCCCCUGUGGCCUGUGAUUGACACCUCUCCCUCCCUCCCCCCCCCCCCCCGCCAAGUCUGGCUGUGCUGUGGUAUUUACGCAUUCUUUGAUUUGCCUGGUUCCACAGGAGAUACAUGCAUGCCCAGGGCUGUGGACAUCUGCCCUCUGUGCUGCAAAUACAGGUGUUUGUGUGUGCUCCGUCCUUCCUGUUGAUUGGUCUGGCAUAUUAAAAUGAUCAAAUAAACCAA